UAACUAACCGCGCCGCGCCACUGACAUAUCCUUGUGCCCUCCUUAUCCCCUCUCUUCCCCCACUUCCCUCGCCUCGCCUGCUCAAUUCCUUCCUCCAUCUCACGCCCGAUUCCCGCGGGCGGGCUCGCAGAUCCACGCACCGCGCGCGCGCGCACCGCCUCCGCCGUCCGUCCCACCGAUGAGCAGCCGGCGGCGGGUCGAGGCAUGCGACUCGUGGCGCCCGCCGCGGAGCCACGCCGUCCUCCUGCGCGCGGGGCCCCGCGUCCCGGCCUUCGCCUCGCUCUCCGUCCGCGAGGGCGGGGGGGACGCCGCGGCGGCCGUCGCCAAGGCGGUGGAGGAGGCGGUCGUCGUACGGGCCGGCGAGGGGAGGGAGCGGAGGGCGGCGGUGGGGGAUGAGAAGGAGGAGGAGGAGGCUAAGGGGAAGAAGAAGGAGCGCAGGCUGCCCCCCGCGGCGCAGCUGGUGCGCCACCCGCUGGCGCUGCUGGCACUGGUGCCCCACAGCGCCGCGCUCUUCGCCGCGGGGGCCGCCGCCGGCGCCGCAGCCAAGACCGUCACCGCGCCGCUCGACCGCGUCAAGAUACUCAUGCAGACGCACAGCGUGCGGGUGGCUGGAGAGACCGCCAAGAAAGGGGUUGGAUUCCUCGAGGCUAUUGCAGACAUUGGAAAAGAGGAGGGUCUUAAGGGUUACUGGAAAGGCAACCUUCCACAGGUUAUUCGCAUAAUUCCUUACAGCGCGGUGCAACUCUUCUCAUAUGAAGUUUACAAGAAAAUUUUCCGGAGAAAAGAUGGAGAGCUUACUGUAUUUGGGAGACUUGCUGCUGGUGCUUGUGCGGGCAUGACAUCUACACUUGUUACUUACCCACUGGAUGUUCUUCGGCUCAGGCUGGCAGUUCAAUCUGGACACAGCACUAUGUCUCAGGUUGCUCUUAACAUGCUGAGAGAAGAAGGAUUGGCCUCUUUCUACGGAGGGUUGGGUCCAUCUCUUAUAGGAAUUGCACCUUACAUUGCCGUGAACUUCUGUGUUUUUGACCUGAUGAAGAAAUCUGUACCAGAGAAGUACAAGAACAGAACAGAAACAUCUUUAGCAACUGCUCUUCUUUCAGCAACAUUUGCAACUUUGAUGUGCUAUCCCCUGGACACCGUUAGAAGACAAAUGCAGAUGAAAGGCACACCGUACAAUACCAUUUUUGAUGCUAUUCCAGGCAUUGUGGAGCGUGAUGGUCUAAUUGGACUAUACAGAGGUUUUGUGCCAAAUGCUUUAAAAAAUUUACCAAAUAGCAGUAUCAAACUGACUGCGUUUGACACGGUGAAGACACUGCUAGCUACUGGGCAGAAGGAGCUGGACAAAUUAAUACAAGAAAACCAGGAGAAAACAAUCUAGGAAAGAGCCUUGUUCAUUCUCUAAGGCUUGGGUAGAAAGGAUGAGUCUUUGCAUACUCCCAUGUGCUGUGUUUCCUCCCUCCUGGGACCGUAUUUUAGGAUCUACAGGCAGCACAUCCUUCUGUUCCUUUCCAAAUUGGCCCUUCUGCGGAGUUUUCCUUAGCAUACACAUUCAUAGAGGUAGAGAAGGCGUUGGAAGGAAAUAAAAGGCAAUGAGUUGAUUUCUAUAGUGUUAGCACAGAUUUAGCUAGUGUCAGUAGGAGCAUAUCUUAUUUAUUUUAGUAGAGGAUAGUGUAUCAAUGUCACUGCGAAAUUUCCUUCAAAACUAUAACUAUACAUCAUAUCCAGAACAAUCGAAUAGCAUGGCGCAGAUUCUCCUUGUCAAUGAAAUAACAUCGUUGUUGUAUUGAGCAGAUUGGGUUGACUUGUAUGGUAGUCUUAAUAUUUUA